CAUAACAUCAUGGGACGGUUUUAGUUUGCCUUAUCCACCACCAUAACUAGUAAAUCAGUAGUGAUCUAGUUAUUAAGUUUUUAUAUAAUAAUGGGAAUAAACUAGAAAGUGCUGUAGAUUUUCAUAUAUUCCUCUACUUUAAAGGAUUCUCAUCAUUUCGUAUUAUUCCAAAGCUAGCUCUUCCUUUUUCUAUCUACUUGAUUCGUGCACUACUUUUCUCUCUUCUUCUCUUCAGUUGAAUACAGAGAUAAUUAAAGAGAAAAAAAAAAUGAAUGAUUGGGCUGCUCCGAUUAUAGCAACAUCACUAUUUGCAUUUUUAUCACCAGGAUUACUGUUUCAAAUGCCAGGGAAGAUUACGCCAGUUGAUUUCAUGAACAUGAAGACCAGUUGGAUUUCUAUUUUGGUUCAUGCUGUCCUCUUUGGUUUGCUUCUCAUUCUUGUCCUUGUUGUCCUUAAUCUGCAUCUCUAUGUUUAAAUUAAAUUACUAGCUAGUUAGCUAACACAAUAGAUUGUUUAAUAUAAAUAUGUUCCUUCAGUGCUCUAUUAUUUUGCUAGUUCCUAGGAAGUUCGUCUUUGAUUAAGAGUCUUUGGAAGAAUAAUUACGAACAGCAUAAGGUUCUUUUCAACUAGAUAUUUCUGUAUUCAAUACUUCAAGCCAGUGGCUCUAUUAUUUCUUUUAUUAAUUAAUGAUUCGUAAGGGAUUUCAAGGCA